UUGGGCGCCAAUUUACUGGAAUUUGGAAAGAAAUUGAAUUAGGUGAAGAAGUAUCUUGUAGAGUUUAUAGAGGAAAAUAUAUUCAUUGCAACAAGAAAUUUAGAUGUGCUAAACCUAUUAAAACUAGAGCUCAUAUUGCACAUGAAUGUCCAAAUUUUGAAGAUUAUGCAAUUCUAACUGAAACUUCUAUAGAAAUCGAAUCCAAGUCUACAUCUAAGAAAAAAUUUAGACCUCUAUUUAAUAUUUUCUGUGAAGUAUUAGCAGAAAAAUAUAAAAUUUCUGGUGGCAGACUUAAAUACUAUGUUGAAACAAGAUGGAUUAUAUUUCAUAAAUAUAAUUCUUCAAUUAUACGCUUUAAAAAAUGCUUAGAAGAUAUUAGAGAUAAAUUCGCUCACAAAAUAACAAAUAACAAAAUCAUUACUAUUUUAAAAAGUCAUGGAUUCUUUGAUGAUAUGCAGUACUUAACAGAAAUACUUGCACCAUUCAAAUCAGCAAUUCUUGAAGUAGAAGAAAGCCAAUCUAAUCUUGCCGAUUGUUAUAUUGCUCUCCUUAAAAUUGGUGCUGCAAUUAAUAACUUACCACAAAAAGAAUAUCAUAAAUUUAGAAACUAUUCUUAUAAAGAAACUGGGCUCAAAUUUGGAAUAUUUCUUACAAUUGCAUUUCAUGCUGGCAUGUUAUGGAAAUCUUUAAAAAAGACUAAAGAAAGCUAUGAAUCAUUGAUAACACAAUUUUGGCAAUACAAAAUGCAGAAAGAUUCCAACAAAAAACCAAAUGCAUAUACAAUGCCUUAUGUGCUUAAUCAAGAUACCCCAUUAAGUUGGUGGUCAACAUGUGAAGUAAAUUCAAAUGAGUUACAACAGCUUGCUAUAUGGCUUUUUACUAUUAUACCUAGCAGUGUAGCAUGUGAAUAUACAUUUUCUACUUUGAACUGGCUUUUUG